AUGUAUUCCAAAUAAAUCACAGCCACAUUUAAAAACAUUAUCCUUUUCUGCAGGGAUGUUGAGAAAACUGCAGGCUUUUAUAGCGAUGCAGUUGGUUUAAAAGUUUCACAUCAAAGCAAACAACUUGUUGAGUUAAAAGAUUAUUCAAAUUUCAGACUUAUUCUUAAGCAAAUUGAUGGGGAAGCUUACAAUAUGAAAGGUUACAGUCCAAUUUUAAACUUUGAAGUAGACGAUUUUGAGCACACUCUGAAAAAAUUUCAAAGCUAUGGCGCAGAAAAAGAUGGAGAGAUAGUUGACAACGAAGAUUAUCAAAUGGGAUUUUUCAAGUCGCCAAAUGGAGAGAUGAUUAGCAUCAUAAAAACUAAAACUCAAAUAAAUUCAGAUGACGACGGAGAAGGUGUUGAAGAAACAAAAACUCAACAAGAAAUAAAAAACAUCCUUAAAAAAAUACAAUUUUGA